AUGUGUAUCUGGAGGAACUCUACCUAUGAACAGGAAACCUUCGCUCCUUCAAUUCUUCAUAAAUUGGCAGUUAUUGAAGUGCCAAUUCAUUCGUUAGCUGGAUAUGUGGUAUUAUUUAAGACACCGUCUAGAAUGGAGUCUGUCAAAUGGAUGAUGUUUAUAAUGCAUUUCUGUGGCGCCUACCUUGAUUUGUUUCUGAGUGCACUAUCCACCCAGUUCUUUUUGUUACCUGCUGCUGCUGGUCAUUCCCAAGGACUGUACACUUUUAUUGGAAUUCCUGUGAAAUGGCAAGCAUACAUGUUCAUAUCAGCCAUCUGUCUGGCUGGAGUUUCAAUUCUCGGAUUCUUCGAAAGUAGAUUCAAUGCUGUGGUGAGAGGGCGUGGAAUGAGUAUUCUCAAAUCAAAAAGACGAUUAAUUUAUAUCGGAGGGCAUUACAUCUAUGCAUUUGUGUUUAUUCUACCAAUUACUUUCACACCUCCAGAUCAAACAAGUGGGAAGUUUUACGUGAGAGCGAUGCUUUCAUGUGUACCACAAGAGAUUUUUGAUCAUCCAGACUUUUUCGUCUAUGCCAUUGAUAUAACUCUAUUGACAUGGAUAAUCGGAAUCGCUACCGUUGUAAUCUCUAGUGAAUGCAUUUACUUUUUUACUCGAAUAGUUAUCUUCUUGUCCAGUACAAAAGCAAAGUCUCAGAAGACUUACAAACUCCAAUUACACUUUUUCAUUGCUUUAACCAUUCAAAUUUCCAUCCCGCUUCUUGUAGUCAUCUGUCCGAUUGGCUAUAUUGUAUUUGCUUUUGUGGCAUCACAUUUUGAUCAAGCUCUAAACAAUAUAGCACUGAACUUUAUGGCCAUGCACGGCUUGAUAUCAAGUGCAGUGAUGCUUACAAUACACAGACCGUAUCGAGAAGUAAUUCUUAAAAUGUUCUGUUACAGCUAUUUCUAUAAGAAACUUCAUCGACGUUCAGUUCAUAUAGAGGGAACUGUUGUAGUUGUUAGUAAUCAUAGGAGUUGA